UUUUUUUUCUCUUAAGUUAACACAAAAUGUGUUCUGUUUGUGCAAAGUUCUUCGUUUCAGCGAUUUGUCGGUGGAAAGCGUGCCAGUUGUGAUUGUUCGUAUAGGCAUACAGUUUUUUUUUCUCGUUGCUUUAUAUGUUAGCGAAGAAUUUAUAUAUCUAUAUAUAAAUAAAUAAAUAAAUAUAUAUUUUUUUUUUAAACGGAACCGACAUAGGGAUAUUUUAAGUUAACUGUACCGUUGUUUUAAAUAUUUUAGUUUGGAAGAGAGCGAUGUUGUCCCUGAAGGUUGUCAUUUUCGCAGGCCUGGCUUUUGCACUAGCGGCACAAGAUCUAGAUCUUUUUGAUGCUCUUGAUGAUGCAGUCGCCACAAAACCUCCAGUCAAACCUACAGCUGCAAAGCCAAAAGAGCCUUCAAAUGAACUGGACCUUGGGGAUGCCCUUGGUGGUGGAGAAACACAUCCGCAGCCUACAAAGCCAACUGCCAAGCCUCUCCCACGUGACAAAGGCAACUCGGACUUCGACUUGUCUGAUGCUGUUGGUGGAGGAGAUUCCCAGCCAAAAGAUCCAGACCGAAAGCCUGUGCCAGGUGGCACCAAUACAUAUUCAGGUGGGAACUUUGGUCUGGAUGACCUGAAAGAUUCUGUUGAUGGUGGUUACAAGCCAGAUGACAACCAAGGAGGAAGUGCAGGUGGCUCUUCAGAUACCAACACAGGUGGAGAAGUUCAAGAGGCUGGAUCGGGCCAACUUGCUGGCAUUAUUAGUGCUGUGGGAGUGGCUAUACUUGGGGCUGCAUCAGGCUUCUUCGCUUACCAGAAGAAAAAGCUGUGCUUCAAAAUACAAGGAGGUGGUGCAGAGAAUGUAAAUCAGACCAACCAAGAUGGAAAUCAGUCUGACCCUCAGCUUUUUAGCAAUCUGCUGAAACAAUCACCAUAACCCUUUUAUGCAAACAUCUACAUGAAGAAUGAAGCCAUUGUAGUGGUGCCUGCUGUACAUCAAAUACCUUUCUGAAUCAUCUGUAUUUGUUCAGUUCGCUAAACACAUUGUGUGAAUUUGCUUUGUUAAUUUAAGAUUUUGUAAGGUUGUUAUUUUGAGGGCAAAAACUAAAUUCCAUCCUGGCUUGUCGAGGGGGUAGGGAGGGAUUUAAGGUCUUUUGCACAAGAAGUAUUUUGUUUGUUUUAAAGUCAUUCAAUAACUAAGCUGUGCUUUAAAUGGCUUUAUAAACUAUGCUUUGCAGUAAUGCACUAUUUGAUUUUUUUAUGUGCUGUACACAAAGAUUGCAGACAGAAAUUUGCAGUGCAAAAUGCUAUGGACUUCCUCUGACAUGAAGUAGGUUUAAAGUUAAACUCAAGGAUUGAACUGAUUCUGCUAAUUGUUACUUGGCUAAUUAUUUAAGUUAAAUUUAGUGCAUCUGCCCUGCUUUAAUUGAACCAUCUAGUGUACAAGGUUGCAUAAAUUACAGUUUUAGGCUGAAAUUUGGUUAUAUUCAUUUGUAUAUUUGUUCAUUAGUCAAAUCCUUAAUAACAGGAAACACUAGUCCAAAUAUGUGUCUGGUGCAUUUUGUCAUGAGGACUCUUAAGCAUGCAAGUUUUCUAUAGAUUCUGACAAACUUGUUGUUUAGUAAUGCAUUAAGUGUAAGAUUGAUGCGACUGUAAUGCUCAGUCCAUAGAAUCUGUAUGUCUAGUUAACUGUGCAAUACAAAAUGGCCUUCCAUUCUUUUAAUAUUGAAUUAUUUGUAUACAUUAGUUGCUUUCAUUUUAUUAUACUGGAAAGACUUAAAUGCUUUUUUUUUUUUAUAUAUAUAUAUAUAUAUAUGUAAAGUGCUUGCACAGAUUACACUCUACGUGAGGAGUAAUUUAAAAUCUGCACACAGCAGACAGAACAGGGACAAGUGUUGUGUAUAUCCAUUUUUAAAACCAGAUUGGCUAAAUGUGUGGAUUUUUUUUCUGUGCUACUAGACUUGCAUUUUAUAUGGUUUUAAAAUGCACAAGUGCCUUGUAUACACGUUUUCCUUUGUGUUGAAUGCAGUAUUAUAUAUGCCUAAUUUUGUGUUUUGCUGUUAACACCCCAAGGCCAUACAUAAAAUUGACAAGAACGGGUUAUUCCUAAUCUGAUAAAUAUGCCUGAAUUUGAGCACAGUUGUAAUGUUGUAAUCCUUAAAUGUGGUAAAAAAAAAAAAAAUUACAAAAAAUCUCCAAAAACUGUUUGUUUUAUCUGGAAUCUUACACUAUUUUGUUGACUUAAAUAAAGUUGUGCCUUUUUUGUA